AUUUGUAGUACAGUAAGAAGCCAGCUCACUCCGCUCAUAGUAUAUUUACAAAAAGCAGGUAUCGAGCCGGGCCUGUCGAGAUGAGUGACACUUCAGAGGAUGACAAUGAGAUCACCUUUCAGGUUAAGUUCCUUGGGCGAGUUGAAGUAGUUCGCCCUGACGGACUACAGAUCCUGGAUGAAGCAGCUCAGCGCCUGAAGACACCUGAUAAAUAUGUUCCAGAAAAGACAGCCAAGAAGAGCAAAGUUGACCUCUUCCUGUCUCUAAGUGGGAUAGACAUUUUGGAAAACAAAACCAAGUUCUUGUUGUACACAUGCCCUCUCUCCACUGUCUCCUUCUGUGCCCUGCUACCAUCCUCAACCAAAGUCUUUGGCUUCGUAGCCAGACACCCUGCAGCCGACAUGUACCACUGCUAUCUCUUCCAGAGCAAGAAAUUUUCUCAUGUGCUGGUCUCGAUUAUCGGUGAUGCUUUCCGAGCAUCGAAAAAGGAGGAGAGCAUCAGGGGAGGACGAGACCUUAUAGUGGAGGCUCUCAGACAUAAGAAUAAAAUGCUGCAGAGGGAGAAUUCAGAGCUGAAGAGGAGGCUCGAAGGACAAACUGACUAACAAUAACUGUGCAUGUUGUUGCAUUUGUACACAGAAGCUUUAAGAAAAUGGUGGAACACAGAAAAGGGAAAAUGUGGAAGGAAGGUGUAAAUUAAAACUAGCGUUGAUUUAAAAAAAAAAAAAA